UUUCAGGUGGUAGCGGUAAUAUCGAUACUAUUCAUUGUGUUAUCAACAAUAGGACUUUCAUUGAAUACAAUUGAUAACUUUACAGUAAUUGAUGAAAAUGGAGACGAACAUGAAAACGAACAUCUUGUUAUGGUCGAAAAGGUGUGCAUUGCCUGGUUCACCUUUGAGUACGUUCUACGUUUGGUAUCAGCACCUGAUAAAUGGAAGUUCUUCAAAGGUGUGCUGAACAUGAUCGAUCUUAUGGCUAUCUUACCAUUUUAUAUCACCCUCUUCGUUACCAACGAAAAGGUCCUAAAAUUCGAUAAUGUACGGAGAAUCAUCCAGAUUUUCCGUAUUAUGCGAAUUCUACGGAUUCUGAAAUUGGCUAGACAUUCUACCGGGCUACAGUCCUUAGGGUUUACAUUAAAGAGAAGUUACAAGGAACUUGGCUUGCUCAUUUUGUUCUUAGCGCUGGGAAUAUUGUUGUUUUCCAGCCUGGAGUAUUUUGCAGAAAAAGAUCAGCCACAAACAGAUUUUACAAGCAUACCAGCAGCUUUCUGGUGGGCCGCAAUUACAAUGACCACUGUUGGGUACGGAGAUAUCUACCCUGUUACAGAACUUGGAAAGGUAAUUGGUGCAGUGUGCUGUGUUUCUGGCGUACUGUUCAUUGCUCUACCGAUUCCUAUUAUCGUGAAUAACUUUUCUGAAUUCUACAAAGAACAAAGUAAGCAAGAGAAGGCAUUGAAACGACGCCAUGCUUAUGAAAAAGCCAAGAAAAAUGGUAGCUUGCUCAGCUUGGUUAGCAGUGAUAAUGACGUUGACUUCGCUACGAUUGAUGUUAUCAUUGAAUCAGCAAGGAAUAAGGCUGACAACAAUGCAUGUGAAAAUAGAAUGCCACCUCCAGGAUGUAGUAGUAAGCUCGAAAAUAACCAGGACGCUUCUUCCUGUUGCGGAGCUGUUGGUCUCGAAUUUCAAAUGAUACAUGUCGUGCCAGAGGUGGAUGUGAAAUCAUGUCACUCCGCUGACAAAUUGCCGCCACCGAGAUAUCCUAGAAAUCGAAGCCUCAGCUCAACCACUUAUACUGAUCACGCUAACCGUCAGAGUUCAAGUAGUUUGGCAUCUGAUCCAUACACGUCAGUUGACUACCCGGAUGUUCAGAUGUCUCCUCAUCGUCAUAACACGUGUCAUGUACAUGAUGAGUAUGAUACUAAUGGUUUACAUCCAUAUAUUCAUAGACAGCAUAUACCAAGUUUAGGGCAGCUCAAUAGACAACGGGGGAUGGACAUGAUCUCUUCAGAAGUUGCAUCAGAUGGCAGUGAUAGGCUCAUUCCAAAAAAUGAACAUUGCCAGCCACAACACAAUGAAUACGAUGUUACACCAACCACUGAUGACGCACGGGAAGCCGAUGAGACAGAGCCACUACUUCGCAGACAUUCACCUUUAAAACAAGUCAAGAGCAACGCUGACAACGAAGGCGUUGUUGAUAACAAUGAAGGUAUCGUAGUGGUGCAGAAGUUAGAUAAUGGAUACACAACGACUUGGAUAAAAGCUGAUCAAGAAGGGAAUGGACCCGUCAGCUCACCGAAAUCACUAAAGCCGGCAUUAAGAACCGCCCUUAGCUCAGGUGAUGACAGACCAAAGUCACCAGCCAGUCCUGAUACUCAAAGCAUUAAAUGUUCGAAACCAAAACGUGUAACCAUAGAUGAUGAAAAAGAUAAUGAAUCUUCAACAAAUUCAGAGGGUAGCCUAACAAGUAGUCCUCAACCACGCCUUGCAAAGAAAUCCGCGGGGAAAGGCAGGUGUCGUAAGAACAAGAUGAGACCAGGCUUGCUCAGUGGCAUCACAACUGGAUUGCGACUGUGUAAUCACAAGCCAUGGCAAAGAGAGCCAUCGUCGCCUGAGCCAAAACCCACCAGUGACAGUUGUCCUUCAGAUGGUCAGAUUACUACCCCACCACGCCAACGAACUAACAGGACUGAUGUUAGCAGAACCGCGUCCGAUUCCUGUAAAGAAGGCAGAACAAAAAUAGCCGAAAAUGGGCAAAGGACCGUCGUUAAAGAUAUAAGAUUUGGAAUGUCGCCAGACCUGACAGCAUACCGUCAACGAAGAAUGUGUAAAGAAAACAAUGGAACGACGUGCUCUCAAAUGAAGUCUCGAUCACUCGAUGAGUCCACUUUGCAUGCUACUGGAAAUGAGAGUAAACACGCUAUUUGGUUUCACUACGCCUCCGAGAAUUGGGACAUGCCACUUGCAAGGUCCAAGACUCAGCAGCCUGUUGAAAAUAGCAGCUAGUUUAGAUGUGAUGGUUCAGUUCGCCAUGCCUUCAUUUUGGUCAAUUUAAAAACGUCACCAAUUGUAAUCUUCAGCCUAAUAAUGAAAUAAUCAUUUAUUCAGUAAGCCUAUAGAAAUUAAAAUCCCAGUAGUAUAGGUUUGCUUUUAUACCUCAACAUUGCAGAAGAUCAUGUCUUUUAUGUCUUAAGUGUUUUUUUUUAAUUGUAAAACGUCGAUAGUCUAUGCACAUAGAGGCCUAUAUAUUAAACAAAAAGUGUGUGUGGCAACAGUAACUUACAAUCUAUAAACCCAUGUACGUGCAUGUAUAUUUACUGAAUGUAUAUUACAUAAUAGGGAAAAUAUAAAACUUAUAAAUGAUAUGAAGUAAUAUGUUAUACAAUACGCAUGUGUAUAGAAUAGAAUUUUCUACCAGAGCAGAGUAAUUAUACCGGAUGCCAUUCUAUUACCGUAACUAAAAAGGACAUUACUAUUAUUGCAUCAUCGGACAGUACAGAAACAUUAAUUUAUGGAACAAAUAUUGUGUUUCACACUUAUUUUGCGUGUAUUAAUAAUAUUUUAUAAUGUA